AUGGAUUUCAGAGGGAAGAAAUAUGAACGAGGGAGCAACUGGUCAGACCCGGAGGUGGUAGAACUUUUACAGCUCUGGGGAAACGAGUCGGUGCAGAUGGAACUGGAGAGCUGUCUCCGGAACCAGCAUGUCUUCAACCGGAUUGCUGAUGCGUUGAGGGAAAAAGGAAUCCACAGGACUGGCGACCAGUGCCGGGAGAAGAUCAAGAAGAUGAAGCUGGAAUAUCGAAGGCUGAAGGACAAUAGUAAGACCCUGCGAGGUGGAAGGGCUUGGAAGUUUUACGAAGUGAUGGACAGGGUGUUGACUCACCGCCCUACUCUCUCUUAUGGGUCUAUAGGCCCCGGUGGGCUCUUGAACCAGCAUUUGCUCCAGAACUCCCUGUCUGAGGGGUUUCACGGUCCAUUCAGUCAGUAUGGUCAUUCUCAGACACAUCCGGAAAUGAUGGAAAUCAAAUCCGAGGAUGUGCAGUCUGAUGAACAAUGUCUGACUCCAGAACCUCCUAUGACGUAUAUACAGGAUUCCGGGGGAGAGCAAGAAGAGGACGAACAAAGCAUGCUGGAUAGAGGAGGGCAAGAUUCACCCAUAUCCAGAGUGGAGGUCACUGCUGAGGUCAGCGUAUCCCCCUCAGGUUUCAGUGAAGCCAAUAUGGCGGGCUCCUCGGGUCACAGCACUCAUCCGCAGUUCUGGAGGAAAAGGAAACCGCUGGAGCCGCUGGAGGACCUCAUCGCUCAGAUGCUGAUGGCUCAGCGAGCCUCAGAGGAACGCUUUCUUCAACUUGAGGAACGGAGGAUGGUGCAGGAGCAAGAGGCGGAGGAACGGAGGCUUCGUCUGGAGGAGCGGAGGCUGCAGCUGGACCGUCAGCACGAGCUGCGCAUGUUCACUGUGUUCGCCCAGAUGCUGGGCAUGAUACGUCAAAGUGGAGGGGAGUCUAUGCCCAUGCCUCCAUCAAAUUCUGGCUUAACACCAGAGGGUGACAAUCUGAAGAGAGCCUCUACGAGCAAAGAGCCUGAAGUAGGAGAUGUGUACAGUUGUAAGCAGUUCUUCAGCCCCUAUCUGUCUAGUCGUGGCAACAUCCUGUGUGGUUUCCGAGGCUCCUCUGAGGAGGGAUACAGAGCAUAUCAUGAAGACAAGUACGAUGAGGACAAGAACCCCAAUGGCAUCAUCAACUUUGGCACGAGUGAAAAUAAACUUUGCUUUGACCUGAUGUCCAAACGGCUGACCCAAAGUGACAUGAAUGUGGUUGAGCCUCCGCUGCUGCAGUAUCCAGACUGGAAGGGCCAUGGAUUUUUAAGAGAAGAAGUGGCCCGUUUUUUGACUUAUUACUGUAAAACACCCGCACCUUUAACUUCAGAAAAUGUGGUUAUAUUAAACGGCUGUGGCUCCCUGUUCUCCGCUCUGGCCGCUGUCCUCUGUGAUGCUGGAGAUUCUAUUCUCAUUCCGACGCCGUUCUAUGGAGGAAUCACACAAAGCAUUUUCUUGUACAGCGGUAUUAAGCUGGCCUACGUGCACCUAACAAGCAAGGUUACGUCUUCGGGGGGGCGGCCAUUCCAACUAACUGUGCAGAAAAUGGAGUCGGCUCUGCAGACCGCCAAAGAGGAGGGCACCACUGUGAAGGCUCUUAUCUUGAUAAACCCCCACAAUCCUCUGGGUGACGUAUACUCUGCUUCUGAAAUGUUGGACUUCCUGGAGUUUGCCAAAAGGCACUCGCUGCACGUUAUAGUGGAUGAGAUUUAUAUGCUGUCAGUUUUUGAUGAAUCCUCCACAUUCCACAGUGUCCUGAGCUUUGAUAAACUUCCUGACCCCCAAAGGACCCACGUGAUGUGGGGGAUUAGUAAGGACUUUGCUGUCUCCGGGGUGCGUUUCGGCACCCUCUACUCUCAGAACCAAGAUGUCUGCAAUGGAGUGGCUUCCCUCUGCUACUUCCAUGGGGUCUGUGGACCUGUACAAUACAUGAUGGCUCAGCUGCUUCGUGAUCGAGACUGGAUUAACCAGAUUUAUUUGCGGGUCAACCAUGCUCGCUUGCGGGCUGCCCAGGCCUUUGUAGCCGACGAACUCCGAGCCCUCAAUGUUCCUUUCCUAAACCGCGGAGCCGGAUUUUUCACCUGGAUUGACUUUCGGAAGUAUCUGAGGGCUCCAACCUUCGAGGAAGAAGUCAUAUUGUGGCGGGACUUUCUGGACAACAACGUUCUUCUGUCCUGUGGGAAAGCCUUUGAAUGUUGUGAGCCGGGCUGGUUUCGAAUCAUAUUCUCAGACAAGACUCACCGACUGCAGCUAGGAAUGCAGCGAAUCCGGAAGGUCCUGGAGAUGAGGGAGAAGGAGCUUCAGCCGGAGCAGAGGAACCGGGCAGAAGAAGACGGUAAAGCGGACAGCACCGACGAGGUCAUCUACGUCUCCAGCCACCGCGAGCCGUCCGGCUCCAACCUGAGCGACCUCAUCGUCCAGCUCCAGCACCAGAUGCGGUCGUCGGAUUGGCUGCAGCAGAACACGGCGGAAAACUUUGCCCAGCAGAACCCCGAUGUCUUCCAGGUCUACAGCAAAUUCACGGGGAAGCAGUGAUCCCAGGAGGAGGAG